UGCACUUGACUUACUUCCUGUUUAUUAGGCUGUAAUCUGACAAACAUUCACUUUGAAUCGAUCUCAGACAUGAUUCCAUAUACUGUCAAUAUUAAACUUGCUGCACGGACACUAACUGGGACUCUCAAUUUACAAAACAAAACUGCUGUAGAUUGGGGUUGGCAGGGGCUGAUCGCCCAAGGAUGCCACACCAGCAUCCUUAUCAUUGAUCCAAAGACAGCGCAGACUAUUCAGGUCCUGGAGCGACACAAAGCCAAUGUUGUCAAGGUGAAAUGGUCCAGGGAGAACUACCACCACAGCCUCAGCUCACCCUACUCCCUGAGGCUGGCCUCGGCCGAUGCAGCAGGCAAGAUCAUCGUGUGGGACGUGGUGAGUGGCAUAGCCCACUGUGAGAUCCAGGAGCACACCAAGCCUAUCCAGGACAUGGACUGGCUGUGGAAUCAGGAUGCCUCGCGGGACUUGCUCUUGGCCGUGCACCCUCCCAACUACAUUGUACUGUGGAACGGAGACACAGGGACCAAGCUGUGGAAGAAGAGCUAUGCUGAGAACAUCCUCUCCUUCUCCUUUGACCCCUUUGAUCCCGCCAACCUGGCUUUGUUGACCAGCGAGGGCAUCGUCUUCAUCACAGACUUUUCCCACUCCAAGCCCCCGGGCAGCAGCGGCAAGAAGGUUUAUAUCGCCAGCCCCCACUCCAGCCCUGCCCACAGCAAACCCACUGCCAUCCAGCCCACAGGCGCCAAAAAAGCCCUCAACAAGGUCAAAGUGCUCAUCACCAACGAGAAACCCACGGCAGAGGCAGUGACACUGAACGACUGUCUCCAACUGUCCUAUUUGCCCUCGAAGAGGAGUCACAUGCUGCUGCUGUACCCCAGAGAGAUCCUCAUCCUGGACCUGGAGCUCAGCCAAACUGUGGGGGUGGUGGCCAUUGAGCGCUCUGGUGUGCCCUUUAUACAGGUAAUCCCGUGUGCCCAGAGGGAUGCACUCUACUGCCUGCAUGAGAAUGGCUGCAUCACCCUGCGCGUGUGCCGUUCUACCACGCCAUUGGCCGAGGAAGCAGCGGUGGACCCGGAGCAGGCUGUGCAGGAGCUGGUGUACGACUUGCGCGCGCAGUGUGAUGCAAUCCGUGUCACUAAAACGGUGCGACCCUACCGCGCCAUGCUCUGUCCUGUCAACGAGAACAGGGCUGCUCUAGUGGUCAGUGAUGGACGCGUCAUGCUCUGGGAGCUCAAGGCGCAUGCAAGCAAAGCGGCAGCCAACCCCAGUACUGGCUUGUCUCCUCUCUACACCCCCCUUGAUUUCUGUGCCACUCCUUUGGCUCAGAACCAGAAACGGAUCCCAGACCUCUCCCUCAACAGUAUGAUUGGUCACACGCUGAUCUCGGGCGUAGACCCUCCCUGGCCAUCAGCGGGCCAGCAGGAGGUGCAGCUGCGCUUCAUACUGACGGGGCUGCUGUCUGGCCUGCCCCUGCCACCCUUCUCCCUGCGGAUGUGUCCCCCGUUGACCACCAAGAACAUCAACCACUAUCAGCCCCUGCUGGCCGUGGGCAGCAGCAAUGGCUCAGUGUUGGUGUAUAACCUGACCAGUGGCCUCCUGCACAAAGAACUCAGCGUCCAUUCCUGUGAAGUCAGAGGGAUUGAAUGGGUGAGUCUGACCAGUUUCCUCUCCUUUGCCACCUCUGCUCCUAAUAACAUGGGCCUUGUGAGGAACGAGCUUCAGCAUGUUGACUUACGCACAGGCAGGUGCUUUGCAUUCCGGGGCGAGCGCGGCAAUGACGAAUCAGCCAUUGAAAUGAUUAAAGUGUCGCAUCUGAAACAGUAUCUGGUAGUGGUGUUCAGAGACAAGCCUCUGGAACUUUGGGAUGUGCGCACAGGGACAUUGCUGCGUGAGAUGGCCAAGAACUUCCCCACUGUUACUGCACUGGAAUGGUCUCCCUCUCACAACCUAAAAAGUCUGAAGAAGAAGCAGCUCGCAGCCCGAGAAGCCAUGGCCAGGCAGACCACACUGUCGGAUGCCGAGCAGAGCAGCGUUGAGUCCUCCGUCAUCAGUCUGCUGCAGGAUGCCGAGAGCAAAGCAGAGACGAGUCAGGGCAUCUCGGCCCGGGAGCACUUUGUGUUUACUGACACAGACGGCCAGGUCUACCACAUCACCGUGGAAGGCAACACUGUGAAGGAUGGAGCACGCAUCCCCCCUGAUGGCAGUAUGGGUAGCAUUGCCUGCAUUGCAUGGAAGGGAGACACUCUGGUUCUGGGAGAUGUGGAUGGAAACCUGAACUUCUGGGAUCUGAAGGCCCGUCUCAGCAGGGGUUUCCCCACACAUCGUGGCUGGGUGAAGAAGAUCCGCUUUGCCCCAGGGAAGGGUAACCAGAAGCUCUUGGUUAUGUACACUGAUGGCGUCGACGUGUGGGACACCAAAGAGGUGCAGAUGGUAAGCAGCAUUAGAGUGGGCCGGAACGUGACCUACCGUAUUCUGGACAUCGAUUGGUGCACCUCGGACAAGGUGGUGCUGGCCUCGGACGAUGGCUGUGUGCGCGUGCUGGAGAUGGCCAUGAAGUCAGCAAGCUACCGGAUGGAUGAGCAGGACCUAACAGAUCCAGUGUGGUGUCCAUACCUACUGCUCCCUCGAGCAGCUCUCACACUGAAAGCCUUCCUUCUUCUGCAACCCUGGUCUGGAACCUUCACCAUGGACAUCACACAAGUGGACUACAGUGAGAAGGAUGAAAUCAAAGGCCUGGUGCAGGAGCAGCUGAACUCCCUGUCUAAUGACAUCAAAAGUGUACUCCAGGACCCAGAGCUGAACCUGCUUCAGCGCUGCCUCCUAGUGUCACACCUGUUCGGCGACGAGUCGGAUCUGCUCUUCUGGACGGUGACGGCACACUACCUCCAGUCUUUCGCCCAGGCACGGCAGCUGGACGUGCCAGGCCCCACCUCCCCAUCCCCAGCAGGAGCCCGCCAGCAGAGCACCCCCCAGGGCCACCUGGACAUCUGCCAUGACACGCUUUGCGAGAGCUCUUUCUUCCAGAGAUUUCAGUUGGAAAGGGUGCACCUGCAGGAGGUGAAGAGGUCCAGCUAUGAACACACCAAAAAAUGUGCUGACCAGCUCCUGCUUCUGGGCCAGACAGACCGGGCGGUGCAGCUGCUGCUGGAGACGAGUGCGGACAACCCGAGCUACUACUGUGACUCACUCAAGGCCUGCUUAGUCACCACCAUCCCCUCGUCGGGCCCCUCGCAAAGCACCAUCAAGUUGGUGGCUACCAACAUGAUCGCCAGUGGCAAGCUGGCAGAGGGUGUGCAGUUACUGUGCCUGAUUGACAAAGCGGCAGACGCGUGCCGGUAUCUGCAGACGUAUGGCGAGUGGAAUCGAGCAGCCUGGCUGGCCAAGGUCCGUCUGAACCCAGCAGAGGCAUCGGACGUGCUGAAGCGUUGGGCUGAGCACCUCUGCUCUCCUCAGGUCAAUCAGAAGACGAAAGCCAUUUUGGUGCUGCUGUCACUUGGCUGUUUCCAUAAAGUGGGAGAGAUGCUCCACAGCAUGAGGUACUUUGACCGUGCGGCACUCUUCAUUGAAGCCUGUCUGAAGUACGGCGUGAUGGAAGCCAAUGAGAUCACUAAUAAGCUGAUCGGGGCAGCAUUCGCCGAUUAUGCUCGCCUGCUCCGCUCCACGGGCCUGCGUGAGGGAUCAGCACUGUGGGCCUCACGGGCUGGAGGAGCCGGCGAGGAGAUCCUGGAGGAGCUCUUCCAGGGCGAGGGAUCAGGGCCGGACAUCGCCCCUGGGGAGCAGGAGGCAAACAGCAGCCCGGGGGCCGCAGAUUGAGGCUUGCCCCCAGCGGGAGAGAGGUUUGACGGAGGAGUCAUGGAGCUGGCAGUGGAGACUGAAGAAGGAGGGCAGAGAGGAGAGCGCCGCAGUGGAUGAAGACUCAGAACAAUUAUAUGGAUUGCACCAGGCUGGCACCAUCUCUACCCAUGUCUAAAAUGUCAGGAUGUAGUCUCUUCUCCUGCACUUGUGCUGAAGGUGAUGGGUAUAAGAAAAUUAAGCGUGGGGGAAGGUGGUGUGGAAUGUGUGAUACAGUGCAUGAGUGUGGCGCAGCCGUGGGAUUCAAAUGGAACAUUUCAGCGCCGUAUGCACUUUCUGUAAAGUCAUGCGCUCUGUCAUACAUGUACACACACUUUUGAUUUGUUUACGUUCCUUACCCUGCAUGGUAGCUAUUCUCAUACUGUAAGUGUGUGUAGCGCCUCACGUUGUCCUGUUUGCCACUGAAGGAAAGUUCAUCAGCAUUCAAAAUUUUACUAUGGUCUUGAACCUAGACCAUAGACCUAUACCUUGCUUGGGUUAGGAUUUUGCCUAAAUGUCAUCCAGAUUUUUUUUAAAUACGUAUAUAUUAUGUAAACAUAUUGAAGUACUUUACAUACAGAUACACUGAAGUCUGUAUGCCCUAAAUUAUCUUUCUCUACAAACUUUCUCUACAAAUUUUCAGUUAAUGAUGACAUUUAAAUAAAUAUUUGCUAAUCUAUUAAAAAUAAUUGCCAUCCUGAAAUGCACACAAACAUGCUGCUUCAGCCAUUCCAAAGUGGGAUUUUGCACUUUUAAGUUUGACCAAUUCCUUUUUCUUUUUUUUUUUGGACUACAGAAGUUAGCAUAAUGAUGUUACACUCUUGAUUUAUUCAUGUAUUAAGUGUAAAUAAAGUUUCCUGUUCCUAAGAACAUAUGCAAGUGGGAAAAUGUCUAAUUGUUGUCCCUAGUCUACUUUGAAAUAUAAAAGAAACUACCGUUAAUAUUUGGUACGCAGACAUUUGUUUCUGUUUCAUGUGUAAAAUCUAUAGGAGCAGAAAUGAUGAAUAAUUAGCUUAACCAGUCAUAAUGGAAUUUGCUCAGUCAAUGGGCUCAAAAGGUUUUGUUCCAACAUCAAAAGGUUUUGUUUCAACAACACUCACACCAACCAGAGCUAAUCAAGUGACGCUUGCAAUUUGGAAGCUGAGCAUCACUUCACCUUGAGAAAUAUCAUGGCCCCAUUUUUAAUUCCACACAGCAAGGUUGUUGUUUUAAAAUGUGGAUUAUAAUCAUCAGUGCCCUGUUGGGCAGGUGUUAAUGGUGUAAUUUCAUCUAUGCGUACAGUGCUGUAUCAGAUUCUCUACUAUGAGUCUGUAGCAUGACUAAACCCACUACUACGGUGCGAUUCCUCAGCCUCCUCCCCAUGCGAAACUUGUUCAUGCUGUUUGCCCAGUCGUCAUUGCUGACUUCUUGCAGUGUCUCUAUGGCAACCCAUGGAUGUUUUGACAGUCAUGGGUUGUUCACGAAGACUGCAGUGGAGCUGAGUAGAAGUGAUCUUUCGAUGUUGUUCUGUAACUCGUGACAUUAUUGCUGUUACUUCUGUGGUUCUCUGUCUGAGACCUCUUUGAGCCUCUGGACCAGGAGUAUUCCUUUUGCAGUUUUUAUUGCAGCAGAAGUCACUGUGCUUUUCUAAGCAAUUACCUUGAAUAUUGGAAUAAUUUGCUUUACAUUCCGUGAUUCUGAAUAAUGCACAAAUCACCUUCAUAAUGAUAUUCCUCCUAAAUGUUUAGAAUGAAAACUACAGGUAUGAAAACUAUGUGCUAAUGAGUUUAAUAUAUGUAUAUAGAGAAAGCAAUAAACAUAUUCAGUCAAUGUGUUUCA